GGCUAAGUGUGUAACAUAACCAUGAAUGUAUGUAAGGUCAUAUACCUUGUUUGUGACAUAACAUAGUAAAUCUUUAACACAGUAGUCAGCGUUGUUAUUAAGAAAACACGCUUGCUAUUUUUUCAAAAAUGCUAAAAUUUCAUCACCUCAUUUCAUUUUACGCGAACGAUUAAUUUGUUUGCUCGAAGACAGAGGAACACAGCUCUGCUAUUGAAAUAUCAACAAAUUGUCAGUAUCGUUGUAAUAUCAUUUAAACAUCUUAAAUGUAUGAAAUGGUUACAAUACAGGACAUUAGCAUACAGCUUAUGAAACCAGCAAAAGAUUUAGCUGAUUGGAAAUUUCCAUUAUCUCAAAUUUUAGAAGAAUAUUAUGCUCUGUUGGAAGAACCUUGUAACAUAAAUUUUGGAGAAGCAGCGUUGGUUCUUCAAAAUUCAACCAAUGUAUAUGUACGAAGGAUAGAUCGUCUACUUAAUGAAACAGAAGUUUUGAAACAAGCAUUUUCCUGCUGCGAGGAAGAAGAAAUAAAGAAGUCUAUAUGCAAACAAAAGAAGAUUUUCAGGAAAAGUUACAUUGAUUUGGAAAGUUUUGUACUGAUUGACUUGGAGAAAGAUAUUGGAAAGCAUAUUGACAAAAAGCAUCAAUUUCAAACACAGAAAAAAGUUAAAUUAUUAAGUCGUCGAUUUACGCAAUUGGAAAAUAGUCUAGUCCAAUUAUGCAAUCCUAUUCAAGUAUACGAUAUUCUAGGAGAAAUUAUAGGAAAGAAAUAUGAUUUUCGGUGCAAUCAAGCCAUAAAUACGAGUGGGAUGUUGAUAGAUGAAUUAAUACCAUAUGAUUUUACUCGUACACUUAACUCUUCUGUUCAAGAAGGAAGAAACUCAUUAUCAUCAUAUUCAGAACCAAAAACCCCAGGUACAGGGACUUCAGGAUAUAAUUCGAUUACGCCACCAAAUGAUAAUGAGUCUAUUGCGCUUCAUGAUGAAUUUGAAGACGAACAAAAUUUUUCAACAACGGAAAAUGAUUCAUCAGCAAAUGAAUUACAUAGUGUAGAGGAAGAAAAUAUGACAAAUAAUAAUCAUGAAGAUCUAUUUACUAAUAAUAGCACUUUUAAACAAGCUGAAAGAAAUGAAUUAGAGGAAGAAUGUACUCAGCAAACUAAGGUGCAAAAUGUUAGUGAUCAAAAUUGCUUGAUUCAGAAUUCCAAAGACAUGAAUGAAAUCAAAAAUGGAUAUCAAAAUAGAAAUUCACUGCAAGCAAACCAAAUAAAAGAGAGUAAUCGAAAUAACGAUAAAACUAUAGUAGAACUUAGAGUAAGCAAUAAAAUAAAAGAUAAUAAGCAAAUAGAUUGUAUCUCUGAAGAGAAUCAAAUUUUUCAGUUAAAUGAAUCUUGUAAUAUAAAGUGGAAAAAAGGAUUACCUAGCAUGCAGAAAAGAGGGAAUCAAACAACGAGAGUGUCAAUAUGUUCUGUAGAUGACAUAAAUGAAUUUGAGUGGAAACCAAUGCCACUUGUUCAAGGAAUAAAGCAUGUUUUUUCAAAUAAUUCAUCUAUCUUAAAACUUCCAGAUUACAUUUCGUUUUCGGAAAGAAAAUUUGAUUCUAAAAAACGUAAAUUCACAUCGAAAUUCUGCAAACCAAAAUGUUUAGCGAAAUUCGUUUUACAUGAAACUGAAUUAUUUGCAAAGAAAGACACUUUACACACAAAACAGAAGUUCAGACAUUUGCAAAAAGAUGAAAUAGAAGAUUUUAUGAAAAAUUUUGAUGAAUGUUUAAAUGGUAUAGAAAGAGAAAAUAAUUCUCAAUAUGAAGCUGUAACAAAUAUUGCUUUAGAUUUAUUAGGUUUUCGUAUAUGUCAAAAUCAAAAUGAUUCAAUUGAAAAUAAUAUUGAGGAUAUAACAAAUUGUAUAAGAAGUUCUUCACCUAUUGAUGUUCCAUUACAAUCAACUAAUUGUCAAAAUUCACUUGAUACGUUUGUGACGUCCCCUAACUCAUAUAACAAUUGGUGUGAAUCUUCAACUUCGGAAAUUAAUUUAUCCUAUUCUUUGCCGGAUUAUCAAACGUUAAUUGAGGACAAAAUGAAAGAAAUUUUUGAAGAAUCCAAUAUCACCACAGAAUUGGAUCAAAUUGUAGGAAAGUGGCAUACCUCCUUACAACCGAAAUUAUUAGAGGCUGAAGCUAGACCUCCAUUUCGAAUUCAUGAUUAUUCAUGUCGUAUAAUAAAAGCAUUACAAGCUUUAGAACAAAAAAAAAUGAAUUUUAAUAACGUCGUUCAAGACAAGCCUGCUUGUGAAGUAGCUAGAUACUUUUUGGCUUCAUUGCAAUUGGCAAAUACUUACAAUGUGGAAAUAAAGGCAGGAAAUAGUGACGACAUUAUAGAAAUAACUUUGCUUGAUAAUGAAAAAGAUUCAUGUGCAAAAUUGAAAGAAUAAUAAUUAAUAUUAGUAAAAAGUCCAUAAAACUUUGAGAGUUGAGUACAGUGUAAAGUAUGUAAUUAGUAAACUUUGUAUUACUAUAAAAUACUAUAUACACUAAAAUGUAUAACAAGUGAGGAAGAAAAAUUCAGUCUUAUUUUAACAAGAAGAUAUCUUAUUAAUAUAUUAAUAUAUUAAUCUGUUAAUAAAAAUUUAUUAAUCUAUUAAUAAGAUUUCUAUUAUAGCAAAUAGAAAAUAGAAAAGUUUUGUCAUUGCAAUUAGUGUCGUCUUAUUAAUGUGAGAACAGUAUGAUUCUAUGACAGGAAAACCGGUGAUACAUCGUAUUGUUGAAAAUAAAAUGCGAGCGGUGAACUUUUUAUGGAGUCUUUGUUAUAUUAUAUUUGUGUUUAUACAAAUUGGUAUUAUUGACAACUCUAUAUUUUUCAUUUAAUAUAGAAGCAAUUUUUUCAUGCAGACAUCGAUUAUGUAAUUGCUCAAAGUGUUAAAUUUUUAAGAAAAUAA